AUGUUGUGGAGAUGGCUCGUGAUAGGACUAGUUAUAGUGUGGGGUAGUGGAGGGCAAGUGAUUGAUACAAACAAUGUUGAUUUAUCUACGGUGGACGUCAAAAAGUUGUCAACUAGAACUUACGGAACAGAUCUUCUAUUGUUAGAAAAUACGUAUAGGGACCAAAGUACAUAUAAAUUCGAAGAUUUCUUUUGGACUGGCUCCGGCGAUGGUCCCGAAGACGAAUCAAAUUGGGAUUUUGAAGAAAAUCAAUCGACGAUUUACAAGACAAAAACUGUUGUCACAACCGUGUUCAUUGAAUCAUCAAAUUCGAGUUCCAAAACAAACACCACAAAAUGUUCAAUUGAUUGUACCACAUCUUCACGUGUACCUGAAAGUGAAAUAAAGCCUACUCCAACAUAUACAAAUUAUAGCGACAUUGAUAGCAGCGAAGAAGAUUUUUUCGAUGCCGAUAGACAAUUCUGGUUAUUAACAGUAUUAAAAAGUGACGGAAAAGACCCUGUGAUUGUAGAGCUCAAAAAUAGCUUAGCUAAACUAUACAAAACCGCCUUUCAAAGACAGCAAGAGAAGCACUUAGGCAUAAGAAACGGAAGAGCUAAACGUCAAACAAAUGGAAAAUUGGUUAAUGUUUAUAUUCAUCAAGUGAAUAGAACUGAUUUGAAUACAAUAGAGGUUCUUUACCAUGUGUCUCUGGAUGGUAAACCUGUGUCUGCUGUUAUAGCCGCUAACGAUAUGCAUUUGUUAACAGACGAAGAGGUUAGGAAGGAAUUGGGUUAUCCAUUUCUAAUCAAAGCAGAGCCGUAUCUUAAGCCCAGUGAGCCACAAGGUCUUUCCGGCGCCAAAAACACUUGGAUGGUAAUUGGAAUCUCGAUAGCGGUUUUUCUGGUGUUCCUCUUGACAUUAGCUUUUAUUUUGGGCUGCACGAAGAAAAAGAAGAGAGUGGGUACACCGACUAGUAUUGGAGUGGAAAAUAGACAGCAUAUUUUCGAAAGAGGAGUUAGCCGUGAUAACAAAGGAUUCGUUGGAGAUGUGAAGAAACAAUCGCCUACUUAUAUCAGAUACAGCAACGAUACUACAAGAAAUGUGACGACCGUAAGCAGACCAGGAAGUUCAAUCAGUUCCGUUUCAACAAGUUCGGGAAGUUUGGAUAUUUCUCCUUUAAUGACCAUUAAAAAACACCGUCGAACUCCGCCGAAAAAACCACCAAGACCGAAAGCUGCUCUCAACAGAACUGCACCAAUGGGUAUAAGAAAAUUUCCUAUGGAAGUUUUCGAUUCCGAUAGUAGCAGAAAAGAUUCACCGGAUACUGACUUCGGAGGAAAUUUCGAACCAGGUGUAGUCAGUCCAAAAUCAUAUUUAUCCAUGCCGUCAGUAAAAUCUUUUCCGAGAGGAAGUAUCCCGGAACCUCUCAAUAAAGUUUUGGAACCAGUCAGUAUACAUCAUUUAGAUAUACCUGAUGACGAUUUUAAAGAUCAGGACGACGAAAUUUAUAAAAAAUUCGGUUUGACGAGACAUGGAAGUCUCGGAGCCGUGGAAGACCCCGGAGUUAUUGGACCUAUUGUUUGGACCAUGCACAAAGAAAAAAUGAAUCACGGUGUAAGUGUGGACGAAGGAAUAAACGAUAUUAACACUUCCACUAACUUAACUAAAAUGAGGAAGAGAUUCCACGACCUCCUCGACGAUACUUUCAGUUUAUUCGGCAGUAGAAGAACAAGUCCAGUUGAACAGAAGAGAUUUGACGCUACCUCCAGAGCUACCACGGAGAUAAAGAGUCAUUCGGCAGUUGAUAGAUCAACAGAUGAUUUGAAAGCGCCUCCUCCUAAACCCCGUCCUAGAACAACCGAUCCUAGGAAAGUUGAUCAGCCUCCAACGGGCCCUAAAGGAGCUUGGUCUAGUACAGCGCCAUCUCCUUUAGUUAGGCCAUUAAGUGCUGGAAUAAUUAAUCCAUAUCCAAGGGUUAACGUUGAUCAUGUAUUAGCAGAAGGGAAAUUCAGUCCCAACGAUCCCGCAUUAUCUCUAAUAGCAACUCUCAAAUCAGAAAUAGAGAGAAUUUCUCUUCCUGGUAGUACUACUGAUUUAAAUCGAUGAGAAUGCCAUGAGAAUAUCUCAUAAUUAACUUGAUUCGACGUUUCUUGUUAUCUACUAUGUGUACGAGGGCGGUUUGAUGGAAGAGUGACUUUUAAAUGAUGAUCCCAGACAUUCAGCAACAUCUGUGUUCACAUGGCUACUUUUGAAAGCAAAUAAAUUCAUUUCAGAUGCAGAAUUACUUUCAGGAUAAUGUUCACGUAACUUUUUCUCGGUUUCUUUUAUUGGUUUUUGCGAAAGAAAAAAAACAAUCGUCUUCGUAUUUCAUAAAUAUGUAAUUAUUUUUCUAUUAAAUUGUUAUUAAAUUUAAUUAACUGCAUAGACGUGUCCAAUUUGAAAGUUGUGAAUUGCUUGAAUCUAGUGAAUUCGAAUCAACGUUACCAAGUCUACUGUUUUGACGGUAACACUAGUGUUUAGAAAUAUGAUUUACCCUUCCAGAUUUUUAUUAUUUAUAUGGGUAUUUGCAUAGUGAAGAAAAAAUCUAAAAUGUUAUUAAUAAUAUGAAUAAAAAAUAUAUUAUGAGAGUCUCGAAA